AUGGGUAAGGUUCAGCGUCAAGCUCGCAAGCACAAUUCCAAGUUUAGCAAAUCGACAGUGGUUAGAAGGCAACACAGCCAUCAACAACGGCAACUUGCAUCGACGGUCGCGGCACCUUCUGCUCGAAGCCAUCAAGGUCGGCAGCAAGCACGGUUGAAGGCACCUUUCACGAAAUAUGACAAGGUGCUGCUUGUUGGUGAAGGAGACUUUUCAUUCUCAUUGUCAUUGAAGCUACAUCACAAUGUGCGCCAAAUAGUAGCCACCUGCUACGAUUCCAAAGAUGUGCUUCAGAGCAAGUACCCCGAGGUACAGAAAACGACUACACAGCUUCAGUCGUUAACGCGCAGUAAUGACGUCCCCACUGAGCGACAAGAGACUUCUGAGGGAAACGAAAAUGCUACCGACACAGAAGAGGAGUGGAAAGGAUUCUCUCCAUCACCACCCAGUUCCCCAGUCCACGAGGAGCAGAUCGAAGACCCGAGCAGACCUCUUGAGGAAGCUACUGUCAAAGUCCUCUACGGCAUCGACGCAACGAAGCUUUCCUCGGCGCACAAGAAGGCCCUGAGGCCAUAUUCUCCAUUCACGAAGAUCGUCUUCAACUUCCCCCACGUUGGAGGUCUAAGUACAGAUGUCAACAGGCAGGUUCGAUACAACCAAGAGCUGUUGGUAGGAUUUUUCCACUCUGCCAAGUCGCUGCUCUCCUCUCGAGACCAUCCGGCAAAGAUACGACAGGCAUCGGAAGAUGAGGCUGGUUACUACGCUGAUAUCUCAGCAGCGAUAGAAGGUCCGGACCCUGGUGCCGUGAAUGGCCAGAUCCUCGUUACGCUGUUUGAAGGCGAACCGUACACGUUGUGGAAUGUCCGAGAUUUGGCCCGUCAUUGCGGGCUCAAGGUAGUGGAGAGCUUCAAGUUCCCGUGGUCUGCCUACCCGGGGUACCAGCAUGCGAGAACUGCCGGGGACAUCACGACUGGCAAGGACAGGGGCAACGAAGGGAAGAGGAAAGGCGCCUGGAGAGGGGAGGAGCGAGAUGCUCGGUGCUACGUGCUAGAGGAUCAGAAUGCGGAGUCGGAGGAUGUCCAGUCUCCACAGCCCAAGAGGAGACGGAAACAGGGCGAUGAAGACGAUGACAGCGGCUGA